CGAGAGAGAACGGAGGCGGGGGAGAGGACCACAAGCGCCCACAACACACACACUAAACACACCACUCGUCCCCAUAACUCUGGGAGCUGCCUGCAGCAGUACGUCUUCACCCACACUUCACGCGCCCUAAACAAGUACUUUACUCACAUUUUCUCUCCAUUUUUAUAUUUUUGUUUUGCAGUUUUGCUUCCCUGUUCACCUAGCAUUGAUACUGCAUUGCGAAUUAUUUUGUUGAAGAGGAGCUUGAAUGGUUUCAGUUAUAAAUGGAUACAAAGCCCAAAAUUACUGUGAAGGUUGUAAAAGGAGGGGAGAGACACAUUUAUGCAGAUGUGGAUGUCAAUAGUAUGAAGUACCAAGGUGAAGCCUUUCACAAACUGGAAGCAACACAGAAGAGAGCAAAUGAUCAACCUAUUAUAUUGACAAAUACUCAAAUGAAAAACAUUCCAGGGGCUCCCAAAAUUAAUCAAGAAUUAAAAGCUCUUGCAGCUCAAGAUAAAAAUAUUGUCUGUUGUAAUAGGAAAGACAAGAGAAAGCCAGGUUGCAUUCAAAUACCAACAUUACCAGAGAGUGCUGUUGAACUUUACGGAGCUCCAGAAAUUCUUUCAACCCUGCGUGUUGGUGAGGCUUUACUGGAUGCCAGGGAUCAGAAGCCAAAUUUAUCAACUCUAGUGAAAAACAAGUUAGAGUCACCCAAUACUUCAGCAAAGUUAAAAAAACAGACAGCAAGACAAGUCAAUGUAUUAGAAUCAAGAGCAGUAUUUCAUGAAUUGGUGUCUGUUGAUGUCAGUGAAGAAGAACUAGCAACCCAGCUCAAGGAUUUGCUCAAUUUGAGAGCCGCAGUAGUGCGACCAGCAUCACGACCUCGAGAUCCUCAACCACAACUAUCCGAUAUCUUUGACCCAGAGGAAUAUGUGACCUCAGCAACUGCUACUAACAUAAAAGUUCGCAUUCCUUUCAGUAGUGUCAAACCACAAACUGUACAAAGGGAAGAAUUUUGCAAGUUGUAUGAUCAACUAAUUUAAGAUCCUCUACUGUUCACAGAUAUUUAUAUUUAUAAACUAUUCUACUGUUCAACAUUGAAGACUUAAAAUACUGUAGUCAUUAAACAUUUCAGUCUUUUU